AUUGAUUAUCACUCAUUCACUGACUUUGUUAUCAACUAUUUUUAUUUUUGAUAUCGGUAGAGAGUAUAUCAACCAUAAGCGUCUACAAAAUGUCGGUGGAUUCUGAAGUUUUUGGAAAACUGAUGGCUGUAAUUGGAGAUGAGGACACCUGUGUAGGUUUCCUGCUUGGUGGUAUUGGUGAAGUCAAUGAGAAUCGCGAAGCCAAUUUCAUGGUUGUUGAAAGGGACACCACAGUAGCACAGAUUGAAGCUUGUUUCAAAAACUUUUUGGCACGCCCGGAUAUAGCCAUAAUCCUUAUUAACCAGAUGUACGCAGACAUGAUUCGAUCCACUGUCGAUGCUCAUAUACUGCCAGUACCAACAGUAGUGGAGAUUCCUUCCAAACAGCAGCCCUACGAUGCCUCCAAGGACUCGAUCCUGAAGAGAGCCCAUCAGGGCAUUCUCAAACCACCAGAGAAGCGCCGCUAGGCACUGAACUUGUGCAAUCAGUUUGGGGUCGAAGUCAGAGUUUAAUGAAAGAUUUGCAUAGUUCCAAAAAUUCAUACCAAUACCAUUGCCGAUGCUACAAAGUACAAAAAAACACUCUUUUCCAGCACUGAGAAAAUAAAGCUUAUACAUAUACGUAUAUGUAUAGAGAAA